UGCUCAGUCAGUGCAGUGAUAGUACUGAAUCAUCACGACUUCGUCACUGCUUAGUGAGAUCUGGUCGGUGUUGUAGUAUUUUGUAGUAGUGUGGAAUAUUUGUGAGAGACAGUCUUCAUAAAUGGUCAGCAUGAAAGACAUCAUUGCGACUGUGUUUGGUAUGGCAGUGAUAGCUGUUGUUUCAGGACACACAUUGCAUUUGGGUCGAUCGUGUCCAGAUAUCCAACCAUUUCCAAAUUUAUCUGUUGAUAAGAUUCUUGGGUUAUGGUACGUCGUACACAAGUUCGACACAGACAACACCUGCCUCGUGUGGAACUUGACCCUUGGAGAACUUCCUGAUACUCUACAGGUGAAAGAAACUCGCCAAUUGUCUCUCUUGGAUGCCAUCAGAGUUGACCAUACACAUUCUGUCACGGCCAAUAUAAACAUCCCAAACCCAGAAGUGCCAGCUAAGAUGCGCAUCAGGUGGCCUACUUCUCUGACUGGCAAUGCUGAUUUUAUCGUCUUUGACACUGACUACGACUCCUACAUGGCUGUAUUCGAGUGUGAUCGGGCAGGAGUGGUUCAUCGGCGCUCAGCUUCCAUUCUUUCCAGGACUCCAGCUAUCAAUGACAUGUUUGUUCGUAGGGUUCGUCGGUUACUAGAUACUGUCGACGUCAGCCAUCAUCAUUUGUCUUCCAUCGAACAUAACACUUGUCGUCAGUCUGGUCGACACAACUGGCAUGUUGACGAAGAGCUUUUCGGUCUGUUGCCUGGCUUCGAUGAGGCUGAUGUCAGGAGUAGAGUUUCGGAGGGCGUCCACGAUUAUGACAUUUCUCAGUUGGAGAUCGUGGGAGAGGGCAUCGAACAAAACCCGACAUUUAAGGGAAGCUACAAUAAUGGGCGGACUACACUCUAAAUAGUACUGUAUAUAUGUUCCGCUGAUGAACAGAUAAAGAUGCGGGAGGGUAAAAGAGAUUGAUGUUCUGUUGAUUUUGUAUGCGUCUAGAAGGAAAUUCAGUACCAGCCCAGUUUCAUUCACUGAGACCAACCAACAUGAUCCCACUACUGGCGAAAUUAUGCUCAUGGGCUAUGCUUCAGAGCUAAUUAACCAUGCGUAUGAUUUUUUUUAUAACGAUGUCUAGAUAUACUUGAUAUUAUGUAUGUUGAAAACACGACGUAGUUGAUAAAAUUUUUCCACUUAAAAUAUGACUUCAGUGACAUGUCAUAGAAUAACAUUAAGCACUCACAAAGUUAAGGUAAUUAUCUGUAGCUAAUAGAAUUGCAAAUUGAAAUCUGUCCAAGAAAGGAUUACGUCUCUCUAACUUUGUAAUGAUCAUUUUAGGCAGGAAACAUUAUAGGUACCUCAAAACCAUUGCUUCUUCUUCAGCAAUUUCUUUCUGUGGCUGACGAGUUUAUGUGAAUCAUGUAAUACCAUACGAGUGCAAAGGUAAUGGUGUACAUAUGUGUAAAGAACGCUAAAGGCAUUAACCAGUACAUAGCAGCAUGACCAUCAUGAAAUCUCUGAUGAACACAAAAGACAUUUGCAAGAAUUAAUUUAGGCACUGAAUUAAACUCUGAACUACAAAAAUAGACUAUAUUCCCAAAAGAUAAGCAAGAUUCUAACUAUCACGAGAACAGCUAGAUUAAGAUAAUCGAAUGAAGAACCAAUUUCGUUCAUUAAAACUCGUCACUUAGAAAACGGACCGUUUAGAACUAGAUCUGGGUAACUGAACAAUUCCCACAAAUGAACAGCAAACAAGACACCUUUUUUUUUUUUUUUUUUCUAAACCCCGACAAAUUUGUUCCACCAAUUAAAUAGUCACCUAGCAAAAGUAUCGUCGCUUCAUUUCGUUAAAUUCACACUUAGGGCUUAUCAAAAGAGCGCCAUAUCGACAGAGUUCUUAUCUACUACGUCCAUAUUUCAAAGUUUCUUGUGGUUUUCACGCCACCCCUUAUCUUCACUCCAAAUUUGGGCAGAGAGUGCCCCAAAAAUUAUAUAAAAAGUUCUCAGGGGAGGUAAAACAUGACACACGAACGAACGAGCAUUCUCGUACGACCACUCCCUUCAGAUGAUGUCACGGUCAUGCAACAAGGUCGUUGCGCAAGAGUUCAUGACAUAACACAUCAUUUAUUUCAUACAAAUUCCUGAUCUACACAACAGGGUUUUCCGCAUUCUAUAUUUUUCCCUUGAUCCAAGAAUUAAUUAAUCUCAAAAGAUAGAAACUAUUCCUUACUGGUUCCGCCCACCGGAACAGACGCAAACAAGAGCACUUAGUUCGAGAAACUUCCAUGCAAACUCAGGCUUAUUUGAAGGUGACCUUAAGCGACAAAUCCCGCUAACGAAGACAUUCUUGUCUCAUCUUGACAUCGCUAUUUUAAAAUGUAAUGUCCACAGAUACAUUAGCUCACCACAUUCAUCUUCUAACUAUUUUCCAUAGCCCAGCAAGGCACACAGUCUAAAUAUGUAACAUAUGUAUGUAGCUAUGUGGUACAUGGUUCAGAGUGGAACUACUUUCAGUGCAAUUCGAAUUUCAAGACUAAGAAAUUGUGGUUCGUGAAGCAAUACAGAAUGGGGGUGUUAGAAUAAUAAAAAAAAAUAGCAAUACUAUAAAAUAUGGAAUGAAGUAAAACCUUUGAAACCAUGUUUACCUAAAUGGAGUGAACUUCUGUGUCAAUGUGACUAUUCAUGAUAUUCAGUGCCUAUACCUUUGAUUUCAAAAAUAUGUAAAAAUAACUAUAUCAAGCUCCCUCUCUCUCUCUCUCUCUCUCUCUCUCUCUCUCUCUCUCUCUCUCUCUCUCUCUCUCUCUCUCUCUAACUUGUCUUCAAGGGAAUGGAACCCUCAACAAGUUCUAGAAAGCAAAUAAAUAAGACAUUAGGAGUGAUAAGGUUUUUUCCUCCUUCCUUCGAAUUUGAUAGCCCAGAGCACAAAGCGCCUGGUGUCUUCGUUGCUGGAGAGGCGCCUAGCAGUCGUCGUCAACGAGUCUGCAUAUCUCCAUGCUCCAGCUCCAGUGUCACACCAACUGAGAAAUCUUCGGGCCAACUUAUCAUCGAAUGAAUAAUGAAACCAAUGCUAGGUGUAAAGUAGGGCAAUUGUCCCCAACAUACAUCAAAAGCAGCCGCUUCUGCCACACACUUAUGAAGAAUGCAAUAGUAAAAGCUGUGCUCACACCAAGGGAUCGUGUCGAGUCAAGUCACGAUAAUUCAUUUGGUGCGACUCAUUUUGAUGAAACCUUGUUAAUUCACACCAAAUCCGUCAACCUAAAUCAAAUCAGCGUCAAAAUAAAUCUCGAAUCUGGGUGCAUCAUCUGAACUCCAAGAGGUCACAAUUUGGUAAACUAUUCAGAAAAUUUCCAUAACUAUUUUAGGAUCAUUGAAAUUUCAAGAAGCUGAUCGUACCUUCCAUUGCAGCAACAACAACUUUCUAUAAACUGACAAUCACGACGGUUGGGGUCACUGGCAUUAUAGAAAGCAGGAUGCUACCGUACUAAGUUUAUUAGUAGUUCGACAAGCAUACUUGUAAACGGCAUGUGAGACUAUGACUGACGUCAAAAAUAGGUCCAGCUCUAUUUUGUGACUUGAACUGACGCAACGCAAUGUGACAUAGUAAUGUGACUCAACGUAAUCGGGGUGAACGGUUUUUUUUUUUCAAAGGCCCAUACAAAUAAUUGUUUAAACUAUGUUGGCGAUUCAUGAUACGUACGUCAUGAAUUAUUGCGACUUGGCGUGACUACUCGACACGACUCCCGGGGUGUGAACGCAGUCUUAGACGCUUUGAUUAAUUUACAGAAAUACACCGAGAGUCAUAAAUGAUACAAGAUUGAUGAUUAUUGAGGAAGGAAGUGACCUUGGCUCUGGAACAUUAUAGGGAAUAAUGUAGAUUUCAUAUUUCUGUUUGGUGUAAUGAAGCAUGUGUUACAAUUCAUACGCUGCAAAGUUUAUUAAUUUUGGAAGCUUGUGUAUAUAGAGCAAAUGCAUCACUUGCCUUCAGUUCAGUAUGCAGUCAUUUGGAGAAUGGGGUCAAGGUAUCCAGUCACAUUAUUAACUUCACUAUUCAACUAGGGUUAAUUAUGGAUGGCCAUGUAGUUUAUAUUAGAAGCAGGUUAGGAAAUGCAUUAGAUGUUACCGUCAAAGGGAAUGUUAGUUCAGACCUACCUAAGACAUUUACAUGUAAGGCAUAUGCAUUGUGAAAAUACUUAUUUUAUUAAAGCUAAGUUGUUAUAUAAAUGGAAGGAUGUAACUAGUAAAAAGCCGGUCACUUCUUCUUCUUCUUUAUUUUAGUAAGAGAUCUGGCUUCUUAUACUGGAGCCAAUGUACUCCCCUGCAAAAUCACAUCAGAAAUUCAAAGAAUAGUCAUACUAACUUUUAUUUGUGGAGGAAUAUUAGUUUGUUAAUAUUGUAUGUGUUAGCAGUUAAGGUAUGGGAUAAAUGAUGAGUUUAUCUAAAUCACAUGAGGCUCAUUCCAAAUUCGUUCAAACAAUAUCCAUGCUCCCCCUCCACUGAUAUUGUUUAUCAUUUUUAUACAAAACACUUUACUCUAAUAGCUACAAAAUAACCUCCUAUGAAUUUAUGUUAUCCUACCUCAAAUAUCACAGUCAAAUGUAGUCCCCUUACAUGUGCAAACUUCAGUUUGUUUACUGACCAAUUUAACCAUAGUUAACCUAAUGUAGCUGUUUUGAUAUUUCAAUAUGGCUAUUUCGUGUUUAGUAUGUUAGUUUUUCCUAAAAAUGUUAUGAAGUACUUAUGUACUUCUUUAUCUGUAUGUAUUUCUAGUAUGUUAUUUGAGUUUAGGUUUACUUUCAUUGCUUUCAAUUUUACUAUCAACGUAUUCCUUUCUUCUGUAAAUUUUCUACAAUUUAAAAUGAUAUUUGGAUGUCUUCUAUUACAUUACAAGGACUACAUAGAGACGAAUAAAUCAUUUUACAUUUAUGCAAAUAAUAGUUUACUCUGACAUGUCAACUUUUCUAUUUUUUACAAUGUUGCCCACUCUCCUAUAAUGGGUUUAAAGGUUCCAAGCCACUUGCCCAGUUUCAUGAUGUUCCUUCCAUUCUUUUUGCCACAUUUCUUUCAUUUUUCUUCUCUGUUAUAGCUAAGUUAUUAUUUAUAAUGCAAAUAUUUUCCAAACCUUGUUUAGGUGUUUCGUCAGCCAGCACAUUCUCUAAGAUUCCCUUCAUUGAGACUUGGUACCAGUGCAGAAUCACAUAACUUUGGGUGUCAUUUAGUUGUGAUAAAAUUGACUGGAUGUUUUGUACAAUUUCUUUAAAAUCUUUACAAGCGGGGAAGAAGUUGGAGCUUCUUCUUUAUUGUACUCAAAUCGACACAUAGAUAUGACAUAUAACAGAGACUACAAAACUGUACAAUAUAAAUGUUAAUAUUGUAACAUCCUCUGUUAUUAAAUGAAAAAAUGAACAUGUAUAUUUUGUCAGCAUGAUCGUUAAAAAAAAAGAAGAAGUUAUUUGUAUGCAUAUAGAAUAUGGCAUGGCAAUUCUACAAGAUAUAAUUGGAAUGCUGUAUACGAACUCAAUGACUUCCUGAAAAAACUAAGUAAAUAACAGUUUACUUUUUGGUCAUCACAAAAUCGUCAAAUUUUGGGGGGAAUUUACAUCUAGUACUUCUUAUAUUUUUGCUCAACUGCAUAUAACACCCUGAGUCUUCACUAUUAAAUUGCUGUACAUCAAUGGUAGUUCUCAGUCAGUACAGAACUCUCAUUGACACCACUUGUGUUAUUUUCAUACACAAUUUCAUUAUCAUCUCUAUAUACAGUGGCAUGCUCUAUGCUGUUGACAUGAUCACACUCAUUGUUUUUCCUCAAAUGUCCCCUCUUACAUCUUAUUAUACCAUUAUUAGAUGAAACAUUAAAUGACCUCUCAUCCAGCCAUUCUACUACAGUACCCUUGUCCCAACUCUUUUGACCCAUUACAAAGGUUUACCCCGACCACAUUACCUUCACUUAAUGGAUCUAGAUCCUUUCUGCUUCUAUUAUAGGACACUGAACUACUAAGAUUUCAAUACCUCUUUGCUUUGCUUCACUUGUUCUGUACUGAUUACCCUAGGUUUUUAUCUAUUUGAAGAAGUUGCAAAUAGUGUGCGUAUGCAUCAGUGCCUUGAAUAGGUGUGUUUCUGUGAUCAAGUAUGGCUUAAUAUGGAUCUAUUGCCUUCUUAAUCAAUUACUUGGCCAUUUUGGAUUCUGCUAAUCCCUUGGAUUGUGACUGCUUAGGGCUUGUUGUUCGGUGUUCGAUAUCCCAUUCCUUUGUAAACUUCUGAAAGUCUGUAUUAGUGAACUGAGAACCAGUCACUUAUGAGUACUGAAGGGGACCCGUGCCUUGCAAAGUGCGGCUUCAAUUUACAAAUCACACGGGAUGUUUUGGUAUUUUCCAACCUGUCAACGUUCCAAAAAUGACUAUAAUGAUCAAGUUACUAUGAAAAACUGUCCUCUAAGCUCAAAAAGGUCUACACCCACUUUUUCCCAUGGUUUGUCACUUAAUUCGUGAAACAUGUGGCUGUCCCUUUGUUGAGCUAUUUGAUACCUAUUGCAAAUUUCACAUCUAGAUAUAAAAUCUUAAUUCAGCAUUCAUUGAUAGCCAAAAUAUGCACUCUCUUUCUCUGCAUAAGCAUCCUUCUACACCUAUGAGACGAGUGCACAGCCUCUUUUAUUUCAUUACGUAAAUCGAAGGGUACAACUAUAUGUUCACCUUUAAAGAUUAAGCCAUCCUGGACAGUAAACUCGUCCCUAGUAGCUUUUGAGAAUCUAAUAGGUAAGUAUGCGACCAUGUCAAUUGCUUCAGAAUCACUACCACCUUCAUUAACUGGUAAGUUUGAUCUGGAUAUUAAGUCAGCUACAUAUAUUUCUUUACCAGGUGUGUACUCUAGCUCAAUGUCAUAUUGCUGUAGCCUCUUAGGAUCUCUGUUCAAAGGUUAGUUAACAAUGGACAUGAGAGGUUUAUGGUCUGAGAACACUUUAGUCCUGCAACCGUAUGCAUAGCAUUUCUUUGUAUAAUUUUUAUAAUUGCGCAUAACGCCUUUCGGUCGGUGUCAGUGCCCUACUAGCAUAAGACAGAGGGCUUUCAUCCUGUAGUAGCACUGCACCGAGUCCAGAUCGGCUUACAUCACACUGAAUUUCAAGAGACUUAGAUGGGUUAAAAUAAGAGAGGACAGGAGCCUUAGUGACAAGGUCUUUUACUUUUUGAAAAGCUGGCUUUUGUUCUUUCCAUACCUAUAUAACAUCUCUGUCAAAUGUCUUAUUGGUCUCAUUACAUCUGAAAGGCUUGGCAAAAUUUUGCCAAAUAGUUAACCAUACCAUUCAACCUGAACACUUCAGUAACAUUGGUUGGGGCAGGCAUCUUUACUAUGGGCUCAAUCUUAGAAGGAUCUGCUUUUAAGCCACAAGCAGUAACUUUAUGACCAAGAAAAGUGAUCUCACAUUUGAAUAGUUCUACCUUAUCUUUAUUCAGUUUUAUUCCUUGCUUGCGACAGCAAUCAAAUAGCAAUUUCAACUUGUGUUCAUGGUCCAUUAUAGCAUCCUUCAUAGAUUCUCCAUUACCAUAAACAAGAACAUCAUCUGCUAUGCAUAUAACAUCAGGUACGUAAUCAAGAGUAAAUUGAAGCUUUUUUUUUUUUUUAAAUCUCACUACUUAUUGCAAGACCAAAUGGUAAUGAUAGCUAACGGAAACUCCCAAAAGGUGUUUGUAAUGUCAGCAUGCUGGAUGUAUGAUCCAAUGACAAUAUCCAUUACCCAAAUCAAAGCAUGAAAAUCCUUUGGCGGUACUCAAUUCAGGCAGAAUAUCAGCCAUGAUGGGGAGAGGGUGCAAUUCUCUUUCAAGAGCUUUAUUCAGUUGUUGGGUGUCAAUACAUAGCUUAAUAUCUCCUGUUUUCUUUGGUGCAACUACCAUCCUGCUUACCCACGGAGUAGGCUCCUCUACCCUUUGGAUGACUUUUGGCAUUUCUAAAGUCUAACAACUUUUGUUUGGCUUUUGUCUUCAAGCUAAUAGAUAUACGGCAACUGGAAAUUGCCACUGGUUUGACAUUUUCAUCUAUAGUCAAAUGAACAUUGCCUUGUAGCUCACCAAGACCAUCAGCAAAAACAUCAGCAUAAUCAGAAAAUACUAUAAACAAAGACCAGUCAGCUUUGCAACUAAGCCCUGCCUACUGAUUACGUCACGACCAUUCCUUGAAGCUGAUUGGUUGGAAAGUUUCGAAAAGUUGGUUAAUCGGUGGUUCUUUUCCUCUUAAUUUAUUUUGCAAUGGUUGUUUUACCGAACUAAAAUACGUUGUGCUGAUUAUCAAAAUGAAACUAUAUUAUCCCCUGAAAUGAAAUCAUGAUACGCAUCUCCUUGGAAAUGGUAAAAAAAAAAAAUAUAUGAAUGAAGUCAGAAGUGUUCUGCGUUGUUGUGACGUUGUGUUUCGUAAAUGAGGUUCACCUGAAUAAGAGGUGACACUGGGAAUGUCUGCGUUCGAAUCGGUGCCCUUGAAUCACUGGACAAUGGUCAUUCCCGACUGAUAUUGUCAAGCGUGUCACCAUUAUAAAUUUAAAUACAGAGACAUUCCCAGAGCUAUGCAGACUGAUAUUUCAUAUUGAUUUCAAGAAAUUUUACAUUUGCAUAGUCUUAAAAUCUAUUACAUUGGAAUCGUUUACACAUUCGGAGGGAUGACAAGCAGGGACUGCACUUAAUUUAUAAAACCAGAAGAUACCUGUCGUGAAAAAAUAAGUGCACUAUUUUUCCAUGACUGAAUUCUUCCUGGGCCCCAUAAGUAAAAAACUCCACGUAUACCGAUUGGAGGCAGGGAUGUGAUGGUUCUUGAUCUGAUUGCAUUAUUCUCAUAGAAAUUAUUGAUUCAUAGAUUGUGAGGUCCAUGAAAUAAUUACUUGUUUAUUGAUUUGUCUAAAUUUUAACUUAUCAAAAGGAAGUAAGUUCUUAUAGCAAAUUAAAUUAUAUGAAAAAUGAUUAGCUUGCAAGAGCACGACCCGCUUUUCGCCCCUCAGAGCAUCCUUCAAUCGAGAGAUCACGGGUGAGAUAGACGUGCGAGGGUGAGCUCCGGCUAAGGCGAGUUAUCUAUAUAUUUCCAUGUGGCAAUUGUGAGUGAUAUGCAUUGCAGUAAAUAAUCAGUGUAAAUCAUAGCCAUCGUUGGUGCAAUGUUUCUGCUAUCGCUUUUUGUGAUAGUGGUGCUAUUCAAGAUCGUGACUGAAUUCAUUUUUUCUGUAAGAUAGUUAAUUUUUUUAAUGUUCUAGAAGGUUCUCGUGGCCGCGUGACCAAGUGUUACUUUGUUUUAUUGUAAGGUGAUACGGCCCCCUUCUUCCAUUUAUGUUUGCCUUUAUAUUAGUAGACAUGAGAGUAGGAACUUUGUUUUUAAUAAAAUUAUAAAAUCGUA